AUGCUCUCAAAUACUCUCCGGGCUCAGACUCGCUGCAGGACAAGGUCCUCCCGUCUCGCGCCCAUCUUCCGUACUGUGUCAUCUUCGGCAAAGUCCGUCUAUGUUCUCCCCAUAGACCCGUCGUCGCCAAAGUCUGCGACGGGCGCACCUGUUGACGCGGCACAACUAUGGCAAUCUGCACCCACUGGCAAGAAACCCGCGAAAGCUGGUACUAGUCGAUUAUUCUACGGCGAGAACAAUGCUGCCGUCGUGUCACUUGGGGAAGGUUUCGACAAGAAGAAGGAUGGUGCGAGGAGAGAGGUUGUUAGAAAGGCUGUCGGGAGCGCCGUCAAAGCCGUCAAAGGUCUUGGAGAUGAGGAGUUGAAGGUCGUUGUCGAUGCAUCUGCCGAUGCUCAUGCUUCCGCCGUUGCUGCGCAUCUUGCGAAGUACAAGUUCACGCUCAAGACGGACCCACCAUCAAGUUUCCGUCCAGGAGCAACUGAUGCCCCCGCCGAGAACCUAUCAUUUGGGCCUCUGGAGGCGUCGAAGGAAUGGGACGAGGGCAUGCUAUAUGCCGAGGCUCAAAACUUUGCACGGACGCUCCAAGAAAUGCCAGCAAACAUGAUGACGCCCACUGCCUUCUGCGAACGCGUACAGGCUGAGUUUGGCAACAUUCCGGGAGUUUCGAUCGUCGUGCGGGAUGAAGAGUGGGCCAAGGAGAAAGGAAUGAACCUUUUCCUUUCAGUGUCUCGCGGAACGGACGAGCCUGCGAAGUUCCUCGAGAUCCACUACAAUGGCGCAUCUCAGGAAGCACAGCCCGUGGCCUUCGUAGGCAAGGGUGUCACCUUCGACACAGGAGGGAUUAGCAUCAAGCCAUCGGCGAACAUGAAACUCAUGCGUGGCGACAUGGGAGGUGCUGCCACCGUUGUAGGAGCAACACUCGCUAUCGCCAAGCUGAAGCUACCGGUGAACUUGAUCACCGUCUGCCCUCUCACCGAGAACAUGCCCGGUCCUAGUGCUACGAAGCCCGGCGACAUCGUCUACGGUAUGAACGGCAAGUCGGUCGAGAUCGACAACACCGAUGCCGAAGGCCGUCUUAUUCUUGCCGAUGCGCUUACCUACGCUACUACCGAAUUCAAGCCUCACACCGUCAUCGACGCUGCGACGCUCACAGGUGCCAUGGUCGUUGCACUCGGUGAGGUCUACACCGGUACCUAUACCAACUCGGAUGGAUUGUGGGACGAGCUCCGCACCGCUGGCGAGACCGAGUACGACCGCUUCUGGCGCAUGCCGCUCGACGGGGAGUACCUCCAGCAGAUCACGGCCACUAAUGCAGACCUGAUGAAUGCUGGUAGCCGUUCGGCGGGUAGUGUAACUGCGGCGAUGUUCCUCAAGCACUUUGUUGAAGGUGUAGAGGGCAAAGAUGGUAACGAGCCCUCCGUACGCUGGGCGCAUCUGGAUAUUGCCGGUACCAUGGAGUCGAGCACCGGUAGCCCGUAUCAGGAGAAGGGCAUGACUGGCCGUCCUGUUCGUGCUCUGAUCGAGUGGGCGAAAAGGCUUGGCCAGUAG